AGAAAACCGAAAACCGGAAGUUAUAUUUCAGAAAUUAUCAGAAGUCUGAAACCGUUCCAUAUGACUGUGAGAUAAGUUUAGCAGAUGUGUAAGCCAAAGGGAACAGUGUGCAAUCUGUAAGAUGGAAACUGAAGCUCCAUCUGUUAAAGUUCUUAAGCAAAUGUCCAUCACAAGGCAAGACUUAGAAAAAUCCUCUGAGCGUUUGGCAGACAAUUUAUCUCGUCUGCAGCAGGACAAUGCAGAACAAACACAGGUCAUUGAGGAGAGACUGUCUGAAGUUCAGAAAGAGCAGAUGACAGCUGAACAAUUACUACAAUCUGAUUGGUCAAAUCUAACAGAAGAUCAAAGCAACAAAUCAAAUAGUGGAACAAUAAAGAAAGGCUUGCGAAGAGAGCCUACUAUUGUCAGACAGUUACGGCAGUGGACCACAUCAGAUGUGAUACGAUGGCUAGAGAAAGAAGGACUCCACAAAUUUAUUUUAACAUUCCAAAGACACCAUGUAAAAGGAGAAGACCUGGCAGAAAUCAGACUUCCAUUUUUAGAUAACUAUGACCAUAUAAGUGUAAGUGACAAGGAACUAUUGUUAUCACAUGUAUAUGAACUCUUACGAUUGGAAUCAGAGGAACUUGACAAUCUGGAACAAUUCACAUCACCAUUAGACCGUGAAAAAUACAUGGCUGCCCGACAAAUCUCAAAAGAAGCUAGAAGAUCACCAGUCAUUUUCCUGCCAUCCCAUAAUUCCACACCAUCUACAUCGCCAUCUUCAGUUGUCUCUUCACCGCUAGCAAAGUUACGGAAAUGUUCAGAUCCAACCGUCAUGUCAGAGACAUUAUCAGGGUUGAGACAAAGGAAAGUGAAAACAUUAGAAAAGCCUCCAAGAAAGAAGAAACAAGCUACCAGCAGAUGUACCCUGUUUGAACUUCUUGGGAAUCAGGAGAGACAGGAAGUCAAGUGUGUCUGUAUCCAGAAAUAUGGCAGUCUGUUUGGCUUGACUCUACACACAGACUCUUCUGGUAACCUGAUGGUUGUUAAAUGUGAAGACAGCCUAGAUUCACUGUUAGGCUGCAGAGUUCUUGAACUGAAUGGGUAUUUAGCAAGUCAGUUAAUUGAUGACAGAUUUUUACAAAGUGUCCUGAAUGACAGCCAAGAACUAUACCUAGUUGUAUCUCAAGAACACAUAAAUAUGUCAGAAGAGGACAAAUGGGAGAAGUUGAAACAUGUGUUGACAGAAAUGAAAGAUAAAGACCCAGAAGACAUAGUAUGUAGUCUGUCUGAUGAUGACCUUGAUGAUUUGAAGGAGAAAUAUACAAUGCAGGAAGAACUAGUGAAGGCCAAAGAAGAAAUAGAUGAUUUGAAGCAGCAGGUUGCAGCGUUAUCAGAACAGUUAAGCUUACAGACAAAAGUUAUGGGAGAUAUGAAGGAACAAAGAGACAAUGCUCUCAGAGAUAAUGUCAGGAAAAGAUUUAAAAGACAUGUUUCUGGGGAGACAGAGUAUUACAAGAUGACCAUGGAGAGUCUAAAUGUAGAAUCUGCUACAAAAGAACAAGUAACAGAUUCUCUUAAAGAAAUAGUAAAAGAAGCUAGUCGCCAAAAGUUCUACUUAGAUCGUCUGAUUUCUGUUGUUAUUGAAGAAUCACCAUGGAUACUGGACCAAGUAGACGCACAGUUUGAUGAUAAUUCUCUAGUCAAUCAAAGUGAAGAAUUUUGUUGAUUUCUAUUCAGUACAAUGGAACUAAGCUCAUUGUAAUAUGUUAUUAUUUUUUUUAACUCUUAAU